GUGCUCUUCUUGAAAUAUCUUCAGACGAAUCUCAGAAAUGUUCUGUUAAAGAAGAAUCACGAAAAAUAGCAAACAAAAUGAAUACUUUAGAAUUCAUUUUGUUAACAGUUAUUUGGGAUAAAAUUCUUUCCAGAAUAAAUGCAAGCAGUCAAUCCUUACAAAAUCCUACUUUGCCACUCUCGUUUGCAGUAAAUAUUUUUGACAAUUUAUAUGAUUACGUUAAUAGUUUAAGAAGUUCAUUUCUGGAAAUAGAAGCAGAGGCAUUAAGCACGUCAGAAAUAAAAGUGUAUUGUGAUUUUAAAAAAAGGUCCCAAAAAAGAAAACGUUUUUUUGAUGAUGCUUAUAAUGAUGAGGAAAAUCUAAGUUUUUGUCAGGGCCAAGAAAUGUUUAAGCGAAAUUGUUUCUACGUAAUUUGUGAUAAAAUCUCUUUUGAAUUAAAAGUUAGAAGCAAAAGUUACAAAGAUAUUGAUGAAAUUUUUAAAAUUUUUCAUACAAACAUAGCUGACGGUGACGACGAAGACAUAUCAAUUAAUACCGCAUUGUUAAAAAAAUGGUACAGUGGCGACAUUGAUACCGAAGAAUUGGACGAGGAAUUGUUGCAAUUUAAGUUAAUUUGUAAAAGCCAAAAUUUAACGUUGCCAUCUGAUAUGCUGCAAUUUAUAAAGAGCACAAAAAUAGUAUCAACAUUUCCAAAUACAGAAAUAUUAUUGCGAAUAUAUUUAACUUUGCCUAUAUCGAAUGCAUCUGGUGAAAGAUCAUUCUCAGUAUUAAAACGUGUAAAAAAUUAUUUACGAAACUCACUGAGUGAAUCAAAAUUAAAUUCUUUAGCUGUUUUAUACAUCGAACAAAAUGCUUUGGAUAAUAUUAAUUAUGAUGAAAUAAUUGAUAAUUUUGCUGAAUUAAAGACUAGAAAACAGAAUUUUUAAAUAAAGU